UGGAAAUGUGUCGUUCAUUUGCUCGCCGUGGGCGGGAGUAGACAUGUGUUUAUAAAGCUCCGUGGGGCGGAGACAGUAUGUUAAAAGGUUGUCGAACGAGGUGGUCGCGUUAUCGCCUUCGCUUCACCCAAAUGCGAGGUAGGGGAGGUUGGUCGCCUUCUGCCGCUCCGCGCUCUCACCUGUAUGGAUGACCACUACAACCUCAUUGACUCGCCCUCAGCCAGUCACAGAGGGAAUAACGCCGACAACCACGGAUACUCGGAGACCGAGAAGGACAUCAUGACAGUUGUCGCCUGUGAUAAUAUGCUGGAGGAGACCGCUGCGCUUCCCAGUCACUUGUCGCUGGAUAGAUACGAGCCGGAUCACGAGUGUUGCGAGCGGGUGGUCAUCAACAUCUCGGGACUGCGCUUCGAGACCCAACUCAAAACUUUUAACCAGUUUCCGGACACGCUGCUGGGGGACCCGAAAAAGAGAAUGCGCUACUUUGACCCACUCAGAAACGAAUAUUUCUUCGACAGAAACCGACCGAGCUUUGAUGCCAUCCUGUACUACUAUCAGUCAGGGGGCCGCAUUCGGAGACCAGUGAACGUUCCCAUUGAUAUUUUCUCCGAGGAAAUUCGAUUCUAUCAACUUGGCGAAGAGGCGAUGGAGAAAUUUCGCGAGGAUGAGGGUUUCAUCAAAGAAGAGGAGCGACCUUUGCCGGAUCACGAAUUUCAGAGACAGGUUUGGCUCUUGUUUGAGUACCCAGAGAGCUCGGGUCCUGCACGAGGCAUCGCUAUUGUGUCCGUUUUGGUCAUUCUGAUUUCCAUUGUUAUUUUCUGUCUGGAGACUUUGCCCGAGUUUAGGGACGACAGGGACCCGGUCACUGUGUCGCCCAUUGUGAAUGGCACUGGUCCGUUUGUUUCCAGCCCUUUCACGGAUCCUUUCUUUGUGAUCGAGACACUUUGCAUCAUCUGGUUCUCCUUUGAACUGCUCGUCCGAUUUUUUGCGUGUCCCAGCAAGGCUACUUUUUCCAAAAACAUCAUGAACAUCAUUGAUAUCGUGGCCAUUAUCCCCUACUUUAUCACUCUGGGCACGGAGUUGGCCGAGAGGCAAGGCAAUGGACAGCAAGCCAUGUCACUCGCCAUCCUCCGCGUAAUACGUCUGGUGAGGGUCUUUCGCAUCUUCAAGCUCUCCCGCCACUCCAAAGGCCUCCAAAUUCUUGGACAGACCCUAAAAGCCAGUAUGCGGGAGCUGGGACUCCUCAUCUUCUUUCUCUUCAUCGGCGUCAUUUUGUUCUCCAGCGCCGUGUACUUUGCAGAGGCCGACGACCCUUCGUCGAGUUUCAGCAGCAUCCCAGAUGCGUUCUGGUGGGCUGUGGUGACCAUGACUACCGUGGGCUACGGAGACAUGCACCCGGUAACCAUCGGAGGCAAAAUUGUCGGGUCUUUGUGCGCUAUCGCCGGUGUAUUGACAAUUGCGCUGCCGGUACCGGUCAUCGUUUCCAAUUUCAAUUACUUUUAUCACCGGGAAACUGACGGGGAAGAGCACGCACAAUACCUCCACGUUGGCAGCUGCCAACACAUGAACUCCACGGAAGAUCUCAAACGGACACAAAGCACGUCUUCCAUCAGCAAAUCGGAAUAUAUGGUCAUAGAGGAAGGAAUGAACAGCGAGUUCAAACAGCCAAACUACACAAACCAGAAUAAUCAAAACUGCGUGAAUAUUAAAAAGAUCUUCACAGACGUGUAAAUCAUGUACAGUGACAAUCAGGCCGACACAUAAUGUUUUACAAUAAAAACCACAAGCGCACGACUUGAAAUGCAAGGUAGAGCGUUGUUUUACACGUUACGGAUAAGCCAGAAUAUUUAGGCUCUUUUUUUGGGUCGAAAACGGUGCCAAACUUGCAACAAUUCACAUGUUGCAUUUACAGCACAGAUGCUAAGGUUUAGGCCAGGGACUCAAAAAAUCACACACCAAAACUGCAAAUAUUGUGCUCGUAAGUCUGCGUUUGUUAUCAGUGUUAACAUAUAAUCGUCAAAAUACGUUAGUAUUUUGUGGCAAAGUGAAACAACUGAAUAUGUGUCGCUGUAAUAAUGUGAUCAAACUAAAUAGCUUGCUCGGAGAGUAUGUGGUAAUGUAAUAUGUUGCAUAUAGGGGGACACUUUACUAUAAGGUUACAUUAGUUAACAUGAACUAACAGUGAACACUAUACUUUAACAAAACAUACUGAUCUAAUUUCAACAUACUAAUACAUCUGUAAAAUUAGAAGUUGUGUAUGUUGAAGCAUUAUAAACUAACCAUGAACAGUUAACAAGAUAUACACACAUAAAUGCUGAAAAAAAUAUAGUAGGCCUAUUCGUUGUUAGUUCAUGAUACCUAAUGCAUUUACUUAUAGAGCCUUAUUGUAAAUUGUUACUAAUAUAGGUGUAUCAUUCUCAGUGCAAACUCCAUUUGAACUCAGUGAAUGUGGAAAAACCAAUGCAUUGUUAAUAAUGUAAUCAAAAUGUGUAUGUCUAUUGAAUCUGAAUUGGUCAAUACUGAAUGAAAGACAAUAGAAUAUAUCUUUAUUUUGAGAUCAAGUUAAUCGGUGUGCGCAAAUGUAGUCAUCUCCAGAUUAUGUAAACUCACGUUUAGGCUAAAAUAGUACCUACGUUUCCUUAACGUGAGACAUCACAGUAGUUUUGUAUUUGGAAAACAAGAAGAGAUGCUUGUAAAAAGGUGGCAUGCAUGGGGAAAUCUACAUUGGACUCAUCGUCUCCAUGGCAUGGGAAAAACUAAGAUGAGAUCAGAGACUGAGAGACUGAGAGAGAGAUCACGCCUUCAUUUCGAUGCCUUGUGAUGCAGUCUCCAUGGCAACCACAGUUUCCUGGGAACGAGGAACUUUGUCUAUUGGAAUUCUUGAGUUUGCUGAUGGUGGAUAUUAGCCUAUAAGACAAAUCCAAACAAGUGUGGGAUGUUCUCUUCCAAACUAUUAAAGCAAAAGGAUUAAAAAGGCAUCGGGGAGAUCCACGCAGUGCCUAGGACUGACGAUCAUUCGAGAUGGAGGCCAUUAACCUUUCUGCUACCAAAACAGAUCUAGACUUACCUUCAAACGGAUAGAAGAUGCCUGCAUAUCUUUCUGUCACAUCAUCUUUAUGUGCCCCUGAAUGACAACGAACAACAACACUUAAGAAGUGCCCAUUUUUUUUAGAUAAACAAUGCAGGGGCAAAUCUAAUAAGAAGAAAGCAAUAUGAAAAGAGCUGGACUGUUGGACAUGAGCUGAUCAUCUGUGAUCUCAACUACUGCACUCUGCUAUCUGGCAGACAUUAGUCAAACCAUUUUUCUGCUGUCCAUCGUGUGUUUACAGUUUAGCUGUUGUUGUGCCAGAUGUGAAAACAAAAUCUUUAUUGCUCUUUGACCAUAU